AUGGGGUGCUCCUUGUGUGUAAAGGAUCGCAAGCAAGAUGCUGUCUCGUCGGCCGCUUCGACAACAGGUGAUGCUGUUGGCGCCUCCAAAACCAAAGUCCAUGUGGGACCCCUGGAAAUAGAUUCAUCUGGUGUGGUUGUGAAGCCGAAGUUCAAUUUAGGGGUUGCUGGCGGUUCACUCUAUGCACUUGCCGGCGUCCGCGAUGUACGUGAUGGCUUGGCCGUCGAUGGUCUGGCCAUGUACAUGAAGUCUUACUCAUCUUCUGGAGCUUCCUUGGUGGAAGUACUUAGUGAGAUCAAGGCGCAGGAGCCCAUCCCAGUUCUCGAUGACCUCAUUACUGCCGUUCCACAGAUUAUUUCCCUUGUUCUGGAGACAGUUGGUGUGGACAUCGACGGUGCCAAUGUUGCUGCGGUGGAGGGUGUAGUGUAUGUUUAUGUAGGUGCUGGCGUCACGGCUGGAAUUUACCUGGGGUGGGUAGAUACGCAAGGCUAUGCUAUGAUCGGUUUGGAAGGCAGAGUCGCCACAGCGGCCGGUGCAGCACUUGCUCUUCGUGCAGGGCUGAAUGAGGAGAAGCUAGCCGCAAGAGUCGUGUCCUACCUCACAAAUGUGGGGUUCGACAUGGUCGUGAAGUUCCGUGAGCCAUGCCAGACUGCCAAAUAA